AUGCCCAAAAAAUCCAUUGAAGAAUGGGAAGAAGAUGCCAUUGAAUCAGUCCCUUAUUUGGCAAGUGAUGAAAGGGGCUCUAAUUAUAAGGGAGCCACACAAAUCCCGUUAGAUUCAACGCAGUCUGAAAUUGAAAAUCAUCCAACAAUAAAACCGUGGGUACAUUUCGUUGCUGGUGGUAUUGGGGGGAUGGCAGGGGCUGUGGUCACAUGCCCUUUUGAUUUGGUGAAAACUCGAUUACAAAGUGAUAUAUUUUUAAAAGCGUACAAAUCGCAGGCCGGUAAUAUAAGUAAAGCGUCUACUCGUCCGAAGAGUAUUAAUUAUGUCAUUCAAGCCGGGACUCACUUCAAGGAAACAUUAGGAAUUAUAGGCAAUGUUUAUAAGCAGGAAGGAUUUAGAAGCCUGUUCAAAGGUUUGGGUCCUAAUUUGGUUGGGGUUAUUCCGGCGAGAAGUAUCAAUUUCUUUACUUAUGGUACAACUAAAGAUAUGUAUGCUAAAGCAUUCAAUAAUGGCCUCGAAACCCCUAUGGUUCAUUUGAUGGCUGCUGCAACCGCAGGUUGGGCAACUGCGACGGCAACCAAUCCCAUUUGGUUGAUUAAAACUAGAGUACAACUUGAUAAAGCCGGGAAAACAUCAGUUCGGCAGUAUAAGAACUCAUGGGACUGUUUGAAAAGUGUCAUCAGAAAUGAAGGCUUCACCGGCCUCUAUAAGGGUUUGAGUGCUUCCUAUUUGGGUUCUGUUGAAGGUAUACUUCAGUGGCUAUUAUAUGAACAAAUGAAGCGCUUAAUAAAGGAAAGAUCUAUUGAGAAGUUUGGAUAUCAAGCUGAAGGAGCGAAAAGUAAAUCAGAGAAAAUUAAGGAAUGGUGCCAAAGGUCAGGAAGCGCUGGUCUUGCAAAAUUUGUAGCAAGUAUAGCUACAUAUCCGCACGAGGUUGUGAGGACAAGAUUAAGGCAAACGCCUAAUGAGAACGGUAAACGAAAGUACACAGGUUUAAUUCAAAGUUUCAAAGUCAUAAUCAAAGAGGAGGGACUUUUUUCAAUGUAUAGCGGAUUGACGCCGCACCUAAUGAGAACAGUUCCUAACAGUAUAAUUAUGUUUGGAACAUGGGAAAUUGUUAUAAGGCUAUUAUCUUAG